CCGAAAGUACGCGAUCGAGUCGAGUGAAAAAUCCACCGGCCAUGAAGGGGAGGAAGAGGCAUCACGCCUUGUCCUGCUGCGUGCUGCUCACCGUUCUCGUCAUCCUGGGCAUCCUCUCCCUCGUGCUCUACAUCCUGUACCGCCCGCUCCCGCCGCGCGUGGUGACGUCGCCCGUGGAGACCACCGUCGAGGACUUCAGCCUCCUCCCGGCGUCGCUCACGCUGUCCGCGAGCGUGCACGUGAUGGCGAGCAACCCGAGCCGCGCGCCGUUCCGGUACGGGGAGACGGUGACGGCGGUGACGUACCACGGCGAACCCGUGGGGACGACGGUGGUGCCGGCCGGCAAGAUCGGCAGGCGGACGACGUCGUGGGUGGCGCCGGUGACGGAGGUGGACGGGUUCAAGGUGGCCGAGAGCCCGCACUUCGCCGGCGACGUGGUGGCCGGGGCGCUUCCGUUCGUGGUGGUGGUGAGGCUGGACGGGAAGGCGCUGGUGCUGCGCGCGUUUGAGGUGAGCGUGACCGUCGAGGUGGUGUGCUACGUCCAGGUCUACGUCCUCCAGGGGGACAGCAGCUCGAACUGCGUCUCGAGGGUCCGCACAGGGCCUGGACGUAAUUACUAGCGUGCGUCGCUCGUAAUCCAUCCAUCCUCUUGUGCCACAAUUUGUUUCCUUUAUUUAUUCUUUCCAGUUUGUAAGUCGGAAACUAUGGACGUUCCGGUUGCGAGUUCCUACUACAUACGUACAUUCUGAAGCUGA